CUGUCAUGGCGUUGAAGGUCUUUUCAGGCCUUUCUAAGUUGGCUCAUUUUGUUGGAAAGCAAGCUUGUAGAGAAGCGACAGUCUAUACAAAUAUCUUGAAUAGAGGAGUUCAACAGAGUAAAGCAAUAUACCCUUUCAAUGUGGGUUUUCAUACAACAAGAAAAAACAAUGAUUUGAUGGAAUUUUUUGACCCGGAGGCAAACUGGGCUGAUGGACCUGUCAAAUGUGGUAGGCCUUGGAGGAAAGAUGAAUUAAGAAUAAAGAGUAAUGAAGAUCUUCAUAAAUUAUGGUACAUUCUUCUGAAGGAGAGGAAUGUAAUAAUGACACUGGAAGCAGAGCUGGAGAGACAGGGCAAAUUUUUAACAGAUGGAUGGAGAAUGGAAAAAGUAGAAGUUAGCAUGGAAAAUCUGCUGUAUGUCGUGAAGGAGAGAGACAUUGCUUUGAACAAAUUAGAAACAGGAGAAAGUGGUGAACCAAAAAUUUAUCAAAUCAGAAAUUCAUUAGGGCUUAAGUACAACCGCACUGAGUCAGAACAUUUAGUCCCACAAUUCAUGAACAGGAAGUUUAGACUAAUGCACUCCAAAUAUGAACCAUGGAUGUCCAAAUGGAUUCACAAGUAUGAGGAAAUGAAACGUUUUAGGCAAGGAAAACGUGAGAAGUAUUACAAAUUCCAAGCUAAAAUGCUGCAGAAAAAAUACGGACUCUCAGAGAAAGAAGCAGUGAAGUCUGUUAAUUAUCACAGACAGAAGAGCAAGAGAAUGAGGGAUUUCUCUGUUGUUUGAUAUUUUGAAUAAACUUGAUGCUUUAAA